GCUCUGACCGUCAGCUGCGAGAGCCCCGCCGGGCUGACCAGGAGCAGCAGCUACACCACCUUGACGCCCCUGCAGCCUCUGCCGCCCAUCUCCACUGUUUCGGCCAAGUUUCCUCACCAACCCCCGUCGCACCCGCAUCCCAGGCUGGCGGGCAACUUUACUCUCUUGCCCGACGAACGGGGUCUAGCCGUUGCCAACAAUCUAUACCCCUCGCCCUACCCCAAAGAGGUGGCCGGCCUGGGGCAGAGCCUCUCCCCGCUGGGCGGGCUCCACAGCGCCCAGCACGGACUGUCGCACUAUGCUCACCCCGGAGCCGCCAUGCCUGCCGAAAAAAUGCUCACCCCCAGCGGCUUCGAAGCCCAGCACCCACCCCUGUUAGCCCGGCCGGGCGACCAGCACCUCACCCCGACUCCAGCUGGCUUAGUGCCGCUUGGCGGGAUUCCCCACCAACCUCACGCCCACCUGAGCGCCCAAGGGCAUGGGCAGCUCCAGGCCUCCUCCAGAGAACCUAAUCACGCCGCUGCUACCGCCUCGCAGGGGAGCGCCGGUAAUCACUCAGGGCACCUGGAGGAGAUCAACACCAAGGACGUGGCCCAGCGGAUCACCACCGAGCUGAAGCGCUACAGCAUCCCGCAGGCCAUCUUCGCCCAGAGGGUCCUCUGCCGCUCGCAGGGAACGCUCUCCGAUUUGCUGAGGAACCCUAAGCCCUGGAGCAAGCUCAAAUCCGGGCGGGAGACCUUUCGCAGGAUGUGGAAGUGGCUGCAGGAACCCGAAUUCCAGCGGAUGUCCGCGCUCCGAUUGGCAGCUUGCAAACGGAAAGAGCAAGAUCAAGGGAAAGACAGAGGAAACACGCUCAAAAAACCCAGACUGGUCUUUACAGACGUCCAGCGCCGAACUCUCCAUGCAAUAUUCAAGGAAAAUAAGCGUCCUUCCAAAGAAUUACAGAUCACCAUUUCCCAUCAGCUGGGGCUAGAGCUGAGCACUGUCAGCAACUUCUUCAUGAAUGCGCGGCGGCGAAGCUUGGAUAAAUGGCAGGAUGAGGGCAGCUCCAAUUCUGGCAGUUCAUCCUCUUCUUCUAGCACUUGUACCAAAGCUUAA